GUAACCCACAGGCAAGCUACUACAUGGCGCUGUACGGGGUAGUGUCGUUCGUGGUAGUCCUUCUGGGAGCUAUGCUGAUGUAUGUCGCCUGUUCCAAGAGGUAUCGCCUUAAUUGGUUUGAGAAGAACCUUUUAGAGUCUGCAGAUGUCGAGUUCAACAGGAGGUACGGCAGCCAGGAGGCCCUGGUGACGGGCUCAGUGGAGGCGAUGACGUCACAAGACAGCGGCAGCAGGAGAUCGCUGAACCGCUCACCUAGCCAAGACAAGUUCUGGGUCCCUCCCAACCUGCAGAGGCAGUCGAGCGUCUGUCAGAGCGAGGCUUCAUCAAACGACGACUCGCCCCCAGGGUCCCCACGGUCGCCCACCCCCUCACAGUUCUCGGGUGGGGCAGAGCCCCUCGUCCGCAACGACAAGCAAGUCGUCUUGACCACUACUCGACCCAGGGUGUCCAGCAUGCACACCAAGCUGGACCAUACCAAGAUAGACACGACGCUCUACCAGUCUCAGCCAGCCAGGUCUUCUAGUGAGCCGGAGGAGUUGCGGGGAUCCGUCCAUCUAACUCUAACAUAUGAUCCUGCCGCUGGAAUACUCACCAUCAGACUUAAUGAGGCUCAUGAUCUACAAGCCAGGGACUUCAGUGGAACAGCUGACCCUUACGCCAAGAUCCGUCUGCUGCCAGACCGAACCAACGUAUGGCAGACUAGAAUACAUAAACGCACUCUCAAUCCUGUGUUCGACGAGGACUUCGUGUUCGAGGUGCGACCAGCUGCGCUUGGCAGACGUACGUUGGAGAUCAUUUUGUACGAUUUUGACGCGUACUCUCGCCACCACAGCAUUGGAGGGGUCAAACUGCCCUUGGCCAACAUUGACCUCUCCGACAAAGUAUCGCUGUGGAAGGGUCUAGGACCGUGCUCUGAACAGGACUCGAAGGCUGAGCUGGGAGAGCUGAUGGUGUCUCUGGCGUACCUUCCCUCCGCCGAGCGUCUCACUGUUGUAGUCAUCAAGGCUAGAAACCUCAGAGUAGUCGAUGAUACACGGUCCUCCUCAGAUCCUUACGUCAAAGUGUCGCUGAUUACCAACGGACGUCGAUUGAAGCGUAAGAAGACGUCAGUUCAUCGCAACACAGUCAGUCCUGUAUUCAACGAGGCACUCACGUUCGACAUAUCCAAAGAUGCGCUGACCAAAUGUCGCAUUGAGUUCAACGUCAUGCACGACAGCCUGUUAGGUCCGAGCGAGUCUCUAGGCAGAGCCAUGGUCAGCCAGGAGACGGAGAAACAUUUCUACAACCAGAUGUUGACCAGUAAGACAGCUACUGCACAAUGGCUCGCUCUCUCGGACCCGGAGUGAAUUGACACGUGUAGUUGUUGAUCCCACCCAUAGAGUGCACGGAGAGCACCGUGCGCUGUUGCCAAACUUACGACUCCAUCACCGUGCAGUGUUGCCACAUCACCUGCGAGCUCAUAGUUCUUAGGUGCUCGUCGGAGAAACUGAUGGACAAAUUAUGUACAAUUUAUUGUGAAUAAUUUGCUUGGAUUAUGACAAUACUGAUUUGACGUUCAUGCGAAGGUCUAGAACUAAUACUCAAUGGAAUGUAAAUUCUACUGACUUACCAAUAUUGUAUUGAACUAAUGGAAACAAUAGUAGAAAUGUAUAUUUGUGAUCUAGAUAACGGUUCUUUCGUUUGAUUAUUUCUAAGGCUGAAACAUCUUAUAGAGAAUACAAACUACGUCAAUUAAUUGAAAGUAAAAAUAAGGACGAUUCGUAAAGUUACACACUGUUCUUUAAUUACUGAUUACUGGUAUAUACAAACAUUAAAGAGGUGUAGAUACAUUUCAGAACGUUUUAUUCUUAUCUUUCAAAGGAAGGAAUUUAAUAUGCAGUAUUGGAAUAAAAUAAUUAUUUUACUAUUUUGCUUAAGAUAACUAUGUAGAACACAGUAAAAACUAUUUCACUCAAAGAACUAUAAAAAUAUGUAAACUUCCUAUCU